AUGAGCGACCCAUCAAAUCCGGCCGCUGCCGUGACCAGCUACGCUGCAUUGCCCAAGAAGAGCCGAAGUGGCCGGCUGCGCAUCAGCCUAUCUGCGAUGAUCGAUCGACUGGAGAAGCUGCUCGCCGAUAAGCAGUCCCAUCUUGACAACUUGAGCCGUCAGCAUGCGGUCCUGCAAGCGAAGGAAGAGGCGUUGCGGGCGCUGCUGUGGGCGAUCGACGCGCUGGAUCUGGUUUCGGGGCGCCUGCAUCAGCUGGGGCACGCCUGCCGCCUCCGCGCCGGCGGAGAUGACCCAGGGCCCUCAUCGCUGCAGCAGCUGGAGGCGGCGAGCGGGAGCGGGGCGACGGCAUGCCGCGGCGGCGCGCAGCUGGCAUGCCCCGACUUGAGCCCCACGGCUGGCGCGGGGCUGGAGGCGGUCCAGUCGGCUCAGGGGCUGCCGUUGCAGCUCUGCCUAGACGACUGGGCCGGCCACGUAGACUCUUUCUUGGCAGAGGAGGGGGCGUCGGACGCGCUGCGCAAAGGGAUCAAACCGCAGGACGUUGGAGACAUGUACACGCGCUUCGUCAAAACCACGUCGCCCCUCGUCCUUCGCAUCAAGGGCCGCUCCUACGAAGCCGCGCGCGCCGAGGCGCGCAUCGCCGCCGAGGUGGCGCGCCUGCUGUCGUUCUUUGCUGUGGCCUUCAUGACGCGGCCUUGCGUCGUUUUCGGCGGCGUGUGCGCCGACCUGCGGACCAUGCAGCUGCUGGAGGAGGACGCACCUCUCAAGGAGCACUGGGCGCACUACGCCUCCGAGCUCGGGCUGUCGGCGCACCAGGCGCAGGUUUGCAUGCAGCUGCGGGCGCAAUUCGACGCGCGCAUGGCGGCGCUGCAGGCGCGGCGUGACGCGCUGGCGCAUCAGCAGCUGGCGCUUGCGCACAGUGCGGCGGCGCAGUGGCAGCUGCUGGAGCAACUUGAGGCUUGCCAGCACGGCUUUGACUGGGCCGUCAUCACUACAGUCAUUGCCUGCCACCUCCAGAUUCUCAGGCCGCUGCAGGUGGCCAGCUCCACUAUCGCCGCCUUCCCCUAUACAGGCUCCAUCAUGUGGAUGUGGCGCGCCGCGCAGGCCAGGCUCGACGCGCAGCAGCGCAAGCAGCAGCAGCAGCAGCGGCAGCAGCAGCAGCAGCAGCAGCAGCAGCAGCAUGGCCACCAGCAACCGCAGCAGCAGGCCCAGCCGCGGCCCCCGAGCGGCCGCGGCAGGCGCCGGCCGGGCGGCGGCGGCGGCGACGCACGCGGCUCAUGCGCCGCGGCGCGGUCGGUGUCGGCGGACGUCAGCCGGUCGGCCGCGAUGGCCGCGCCUGCGAGCCUUGCGUAA